AAUGUUAUAUUUUUGAAUGAGACAUUUUAGAUUUGAUGUUGUUAAUAGGGAUGUCCCAGGUGACAUUAGGUUGAAUUAAACCAUCUUUUAAUUCUACAGAAUGUGCUCUUGAUUGUCCAAAAUGUUAUUACUAUGAAUUAAUGUACAUUUAGUAGAAGUUCCUCUUCCCUUCAAUAAAUGUCAAAAGCAAUUUUCUUUAAGACUAAGUAAAAUGUAGCCUUGUCCUGUUCCCCAAGAUGCAAAUAUUUUAGUACAUUCUGGGUCCUUGACAUCUGAAAGAUAUUCUUGUGGUUAAUUUUGGAUUUUUUUUUUUUUUUUACUUUUAGUCAGUAAACAUGAUUUCGCAAAAAAAUUGCAGAAUCUACUUUCCUAAUAGCUCUCUGAUGCAGAUGUAGCAAAAACCAAAGUUGUAUCAACCUGGUUUAAAUUCAGUUGAUGUAUUCACCAAAAUUAUUCAUCAACAUAUACCUCUCUCUGAACCCUUACCCCAAAAUUAAAACAGUUGUUCCUGCCUAAAGAGAAAACCGUGAUUUCGGGUAGACCAAACUUGGUGCAGAGAUUCUCUGUCGACUAGACAAAGAAGUGGGACAUUCAGAACCGCAGGUCAAGAGACCUAGUUCUCUUUGUUGAGAUAUGAAGCAAUGAGACUCAAGGUGUCUCAAGAAAGAUGUUUCAGCCAUUUCUCUUGAGAUGUUGAUGUUUUUGGCGUCAAAGUUUUUCAGACCAAGAACACUUUCCUCUGUUGAAAUUUUGACUUAUUUUCCAACUUUCCCCAAAGGUAAGUGGGGUAUUUAGAAAUGCAGAUUAUUUGGGCAUGUGGCGACUAUUUAAUGAAGCCAAAUCCCAGUCAAGCUACUGCUGUCCCACGUUGAUAAGAGUAAAUGAGCUGAUCAGGAUGUAUCUGGGACUCCUGUCUUUGGUGUCUUAUUAGCACAUCCCACUUAAAGGAGAACCCAGAGGAGACCCAGAAUGUUUUGGUAUCUAGAUGAUACCAAGAUGUUUCCUUCUGACCUGGUGGGUAUCGUCUAGAAUGAGCUGUGGAUACAUUUUUUAAAAACUGAAUCACUAGAAAAACAGAGUUCUUGGAAGGAAUAAAUUAAGAUUUCUGAACAGUUAACAUUUAAAUCUGCUUUAAGGAUGUAUGAAUGAUAAAAAGAAAGCCGCCUUUUACCUCAGAUGUUGUGUAGCUGUUCUUUGUAUUUUUGUUUAUCAUCAGGUGUCAUCGCUGUUUCCUGGUAUCCCCCUUCCACAAAUGAUGACAACGGUGAGCCAAUUGAUGAAAUCAUACCUUCUUUGCUGGAGGUGGCACAUAAAUACCACAUAAAGAUUGCUUUUCAUAUUGAGCCCUACAAAGGAAGAGAUGAAGUCAACAUGUUUACCAAUGUCAAAUACAUCAUUGAUAAAUAUGGAGAGCAUCCUGCAUUUUUCAAGUACCGCACAAACGCUGGCAAACUCCUUCCACUUUUUUAUGUGUAUGACUCCUACUUAAUGAACUCAGAGCAAUGGGCUAAGCUGCUGAAGCACACAGACAGCAGCAGCAUCAGGGACACACCGUAUGACGCCAUCUUCAUCGCCCUACUAGUUGAAGAGAAACAUAAGCGAGAGAUCCUGACUGCAGGGUUCGAUGGCCUCUACACUUACUUCGCUACCAACGGCUUCACAUACGGCUCCACUCAGCGCAACUGGGUCUCUAUCAAAGCCUUCUGCGACGAUAACGACCUCAUAUUCAUUCCGAGUGUGGGCCCAGGAUACAUUGACACAAGCGUUCGACCGUGGAACUUCAAAAACACUCGAAAUCGCAUCAACGGCAAAUACUACGAAACCUCGCUGAGUGCGGCGUUGGAGUCCAGACCCGAUUUUAUCUCCAUUACCUCUUUUAACGAGUGGCACGAGGGGACUCAGAUUGAGACGGCCGUUCCCAAAACGGGUCAAACCGUGUACCUGGACUAUCUGCCGAAUAAGCCGUCCAUCUACCUGGAGAUAACUCGCAAAUGGGCAGCAAUAUUUGGUGGAGAGCGACAAAGAUGGCAAGACUGAUCAGAGAGCCCAUUUACUGAAAAUUAUAUAUACUACUGAAAAACUCAUUUAGUUUGUGAAAUGGACUACAAUUUGAAAAUGAUGGCUCGUUGUUUAAGAAAUUUUAAAUGAGGUAAAGCCACAGUGGAGAUAAUGACUCAUUCACUAUGUCAAUUUUGACUUCAGUCAUGUAUUUUUUUAAUUUUUAUUUUUUGCAUUUAAACUGUGAACUGUGUUAUUUUCUGUUUAUGUUCAAUGGUCAAGUUAUCUAUUGGGAGUUGAGCUUGAAAAAUAAUUCAGAUGUUCCAAGACAUUCCAGUCUUCAAUGCUAAUAUGGGCCUUAUUGAUCCAAACAGCAAAGUGACAGAGUGGCUUUUUUGUUCUGUGCCCAUAUUGUGAAUGCAGAGAGUGUGUUCAAUGUUUUCUUUUCACCUUAUUUGAGGUGUCUCGCUGUGAAACGUUUUGGAAUGGCGCUUAAGCGUUUGCACGAAUCACUUGAAUAAACUGAUCAGAAGCUGA